AUGUUGGUUGCACUACACAGCCUGGCCCCAGCGAUCACCAGCUUCCUCUGGCCAUCAGAAGUGCAGGUGGUGCAGGCAGCAGCGCGCACCUUCGUCGAGCUGCGGGGUGUUGCACUCAACUUCCUGAAGUCCGGAGGCGUUCGCAUGCCGCUUCUGGCGAUGGUGGCCUCAGCAGCAGGCAACUCCACGGCAGAGGCUGUUUUGGCCGCGUCCUCUCAGCACUUGCCAUGGCCGUGCUGGCAAGAUGGCCUCCUGGUGCUAUGGUGCUGCGGCUGCCCCGUCCACCGAGAACGGAAGGCAAUGCAAGUUGCACUUCGAAGUGGCCCCAUUGAGGCCGUAACAUGGCUGCUGAAUGCCAGGGCCGAUGUGGAGCAGGCAGUCGAGGGAGACCUCACGCCUUUACGAUUGGCCGCCCGUUUUGGGAACGAGGAGCUUGUUCAGCUUCUUCUCGACAAAUCAGCGAACCCGAACGGCCGCGGCCGCUUCGGCUACACAGCCUUGAUGGUCGCUGCCAUGCACGGGCACCGAGACAUCGUCGAGCUGCUUCUGAGCAAAGGCUCACAGGUCAACACAAACGGCGAUGGCGAAACCGCCAUUGAUCUUGCCUGUCGCUACCCAGAAGUGGCACACUUGCUGACGAACCAUGUGAGCCAAUAUGGUUGGACAGGUACUCGACCGCUUGAAAGAAUGGAAAGCUGCGAAGCCCUGUCGGAGAUUGCAGUGUGCAUGGUCGCCAUCAUCGCAAACACGAUGUACUUGGGCGUCAAUGCCGACUGGAAAAUCAGGAACGCCUUCGGUCCCAUAGAUGGUCGCCAGAGAGAAGCCGAGGAUACCGCUUGGGAUAUAACCUUUGCUGUAUGGUUCUCCAUAGAGAUCCUCCUGCGGCUUCUGGCCGAGAAAAUCAGCUUCUUCACGGGCGAGGAGCAGGCAUGGAACCUUUUCGAUGGCUUUCUCGUGGUCGAGUCCGUUGUUGGCCUUCUAUUUCCAGUGGGGGCCAAGCUAUCGUUCCUUCGUAUCAUUCGUGUGUUUCGCUUGGCGCGAGUCGUGAAGCUGGUGAAGGCCGUGAAGGCGCUCCGCCGCCUCCGGACCAUGAUUUUUUCAAUCGCGAAUUCCUUCAUCGACCUCAUGUGGGCCUUCCUUGUGGUGAUCUUGAUCCUGUUUAUUUUCGGCAUCAUCCUUUCCAACUCAGCAGCUACUUAUUUUGAAUCCGUCGACCUGGAUAACGGCGAUGCCAUUGCGGACGCCAAAGACGUGCAACAGCAUUUCGGGAACCUGCCCUUGACAAUGCUGUCUUUGUGGUGCGCAGUCAGCGGCGGCAACGACUGGAUGGUGUACGCGAACGCACUCAUAAUCAUGGACCAUGACGGUAGCUAUAUGUACCUCGCCGUAUUCCUCUUCUACACCGGUUUUUGUGUCGUCGGACUUUUCAAUGUUGUGACAGGAGUGUUUGUGGACAGCGCCGUGUGUUGCAGAACUGAAGAUGAAGUGCUUCAGAGCUACAUGGAUGACUUAAAGCGUACCACUUCAGAGAUCAAGAAGUUUUUUGAACACGCGGACACUGACGGAUCUGGAACCUUGAGCUACAGAGAGUUUUGCGGCCAUCUGAAGACACCGAUGGUCAAGGCGUUCUUCCACGACCUGGAUAUUGAUCCGGAAGAGGCCUCCAUCAUUUUUAGAAUUCUUGACGACGACAAGAACGACGAGAUUCUUAUAGAUGAGUUCAUCAAUGGGACGAUGAAACUGAAAGGACAUGCCACAAAACUGGAGAUGAUAACCCUGAUGUACGACAACACCAGGCAAAGCAUGAAAUUGGACUCGCCCGGCGCUUACUGCAUGCCUUCGAGCGUCUCCGCUGGUGUCAGCUUCUCCUGUUGA